CUGCUGCAAAAGUUGUCUGAUAGAUAUCAGAAACAGAAACGUAGUAAAAAGAAAUUUAUUUCCAGAAAGCCUACAAACAACCAAACAAUUCACGAAAUCGUGGCCAAUCCAUUGCUGGAUCUUCAAUUGCCACCACAUUGAAGCGUUCAAGACCAAAUUGGACUCAAUCUCUGUUAAUAAUUACGGAAUAUGCCACUAUCAACUCUUUUCAUUCUACUCGAGUACACCAAGACCUUUCAGUUCUGUCCAAACAAUAAAUACUCCCAAAGCGCCUCCCCUUCCUCUCGAUAAAAGCCCAAACCUUCACAUUACUGACCUAAUUUUCUCGAGAAAAUUAUACUUCCUGGGAAAAUUUCAGAGAUUUUUUGAAAUGCCAGAGGAAGAAGAGGCAGGAUCCCUGCCUGACCAUCUGCGGUGUAAAAGAACAGAUGGCAGGCAAUGGAGGUGCAAUCGACGAGUAAUGGACGAUAAAAAACUCUGUGAAGUUCAUCAUCUUCAAGGCCGCCAUCGCCAGCAUCGGCAGAAAGUGCCGGAGUCGCUGAAACUCCAGAGGAAAGGCAAGAAAAUCUUCAAGGUUCAACGCAAUCCGUUAGUUAGGGCUCAGAAGUUUAGGAAAAUGAAGAAGAAGAAGCGAGUGAUCGGUGAAUCUGAGGCGCUGGAUGAAGCCGUGAAGAAAAUGAAACUAAAGCGAGGAGAUUUACAGUUGGAAUUGAUAAGAAUGGUGUUAAAAAAGGAAGUAGAGAAGCGCAAGAAGCGAAAAGAGUUUGAAGAUGGGGAUGGAGAGAAUUCUGAUAACAGUGAUAGCGACAGUGACACAGAGUUCACAAGAGUGUUACCGAAUGGAUUAAUGGCGGUUUCUACAAUAUAUUCUAGUACAAAUUCUGACAAUGCAGGUAGUUCUUGUGCUGUGAAAAUUGGUGCCGAACCAACGACGGUUAGCAGAAGGUGUUUUCGGUCCAAGAACAUUGAACCAGUGCCAGUUGGCCCAUUGCAGGUUGUGCCUUAUAAAAGGGAUGUUGUGGGUUUGAGGAGGAGGAAGUGCCAUUGGUGUAGGAGAAGGAAUUCGAGUUUGAUAAAGUGUUCAAGCUGUCGAAAACUGUUUUUCUGCCUGGAUUGUGUAAAAGAGCGGUAUUUCGAUACACAAGAAGAGGUUAAGAAGGCAUGUCCAGUCUGUCGUGGAACUUGUGGCUGUAAGGCCUGCUCAUCAAGUCAGUGUAGAGACUUGGAUUAUAAGGACUUGCUGAGGGGCAAAACUGAAGUGGACAAAGUUCUGCAUUUUCAUUAUUUUAUCUGUAUGCUUCUUCCCGUUUUGAAACAAAUUAAUCAAGACCAGAGCAUCGAGCUAGAGAUAGAGGAGAAAAUGAAAGGCCAAAAACCUACUGAAGUUCAGAUUCAAGAAGCUGAACUUAACUGCAAUAGGCAAUUUUGUUGCAAUAACUGUCAGACUUCUAUAACGGAUCUCCAUAGAAGAUGCAAGAAUUGUUCCUAUACGCUCUGCUUAAGCUGUUGUCGAGACAUUCUUCCGGAGAGUGUAUCUGGAAGCAUUAGAUCUUUCAUUUGCAAAUGCCCAAAUAUAAAAAAGGCUUGUACCUCUGGAGCCCAACUUUUGGAGAAAAAGUCUGUUACCACCUAUAAGCAAAGUUAUGGGAGCAGAAAUUUUUAUUCAUCUGCAUCAUCGCUUAAUUGGAAAUUUCCUGAGAGUGGUGUUGGUAUAUCAUGCCCACCCAUGGAGUUUGGUGGUUGUGGUGAUAGCCUCCUCGAUUUGAGAUGUGUUUUCCCUUCUAGUUGGAUCAAAGAGCUGGAAAUUAGCGCAGAACAAAUUGUUGGCUGCUACGAGUUGCCAGAAACCAUAGAUAUGUCAUCUUGUUGCUCAUUGUGUUCGGAGAUAGAUGAUGAAGCUAAUGGAACCAGGCAACUGCAAAAGGCAGCUACAAGGGAGAAUUCACAUGAUAACUUUUUGUACUACCCUACUGUUAUGGAUAUUCAAGGUGAUAAGAUUGAACACUUUCAGAAACACUGGGGUAAAGGUCAUCCUGUAGUAGUUCGAAAUGUACUUCAGGGAACAUCAGAAUUGAGUUGGGAUCCAAUAGUCAUGUUCUGCUCUUAUCUUAAGAAUAGUGGUCCCAAACCUGGGGAUGAUGAGGGAGCAGCGAAUGAUGCUGAUUGCCUGGACUGGUUUGAGGUGGAAAUUGGUAUUAGCCAGUUAUUUUUGGGAUCUGUUCGGGGACAAAAGCGAGCUAAUAUGUGUGAUGAGAAACUAAAAUUGAAGGGUUGGCUUUCUUCUCGUUUAUUUCAAGAGCAAUUUCCAGAUCACUACACCAAAAUCAUUAAAGGCGUACCUUUUCCAGAAUACAUGGAUCCCGAAUCAGGUGUUUUAAAUAUUGCUUCAAAGUUGCUGCAGAAAUUGCCAAAGCCUGACCUGGGUCCAUGUGUUUAUAUUUCAUAUGGCAGCGGUGAGGAACUUGUGCAGGCUGAUUCUGUGACAAAAUUAUGUUACGACUUAUGUGAUGUGGUUAAUAUUCUGGCACAUACUACCAAUGAUCCUGUAUCAACAAAGCAGCUUAAUAAGAUAAGGGAGUUGAUGAAAGGGCACAAGAGUGACGAUCAAAUGGACUCUGCAUAUGUUGCUUCUGAUCAGAAAUCAUCAUUAAAUGGAGAAGACAUGGAAGUAGGACAAUGUGAUGUGAUUGGAGAUGAUUUAACCAGAUGUGAAACCAGUGAUUUAUAUCGCAAAGAUAAAAACAUGUCCGAGGAUGGAGAAUAUGAUACUGAUUCUGAUUCUUCAAUACCUUGUCGUGGGACUAUUCGGAGAUCAAAAGCAUCAGAGAAGACAAAGAUUUCUGAUUCCAAAUAUUUUACAGAGGAAAGAAUGGCAGAAACUUGUGGUGCACGGUGGGAUGUGUUUCGCAGACAGGAUGUUCCAAAGCUUAUAGAAUACCUUCGGAAGCACUCAAAUGAGUUCACUCAUGGAAAUGGCAUUCACAAGCAUGUUGUUCAUCCAAUUCUUGAUCAGAAUUUCUUUCUUGACACAACUCAUAAGAUGAGGCUAAAGGAGGAGUUUGAAAUUGAACCCUGGACUUUUGAGCAGCAUGUUGGAGAGGCUGUCAUCAUUCCUGCUGGAUGUCCCUACCAGAUUAAGAAUCUUAAGUCUUGCGUGAAUGUGGUUUUGGACUUUGUGUCACCGGAAAGUGUUAGUGACUGCAUCCAGUUGAUUGAUGAACUUCGACUGCUUCCGUAUGGCCAUAAAGCCAAACUAAACAAACUUGAGGUGAAGAAAAUGGCACUAUAUGGUAUUAGUACAGCAAUCAAGGAAAUUCGUGAGCUAACAUGUGCGGAGUAAGUGUAAGUGCUUAUAGGAUGUAAAAUUUUUACUUCCUGUCUAUUUGUUUAGCUCAUUGCCUGAAGCACGUCAAAGUAUACAGCAUCUAGUUCAGGGUUGUAAUUGCCACAUUACUUUGACUUGAGUUGCCUCUCCCAGAACUGUAAGUUUCAAUCUAUGGUUUGGGUAACUCCAUUCAUAAUCAAGUACAUAAUUGGAGCGACUGAUAAGAAGGUGAAAUUUUUACUGUGAAUAGAGUCAUCUAUGUUUAUGUAUGAUGGUUACAGCUUUUUCAGGGCUAACGAUUGAAAAGUACUACCCUAUAAAUUAGAUCAUUGAAUUCUACAAGUUCUAAGAAAACUCUAGAAUAGAGUUUUCUACUUUGACUA